AUGAAACUUAUAAUUUUAAUAUUAUUAUUAUUUUUUAUAUUUAUUAAUAAUGCAAAAGGUGAAUCAUUUAAAGAUUUUUUAGCACGUGGAAAUGUUCAUUCAGGGUUUAAUGUUGUUGCAGGAAUGACAAUUGGUUCAUUUGUAAUUGGAACAUUUUUAUUUAUCAUAGUUAAAGUUGUACUUGAUCACUGUGAAAGUGAAGAUAAAGAAAAAAGACAAGUUAAAAAUGCACAAAAAAGAAUAAAUAAAAAGAACGAAAUGAUAAACAAACAAAAUAGUCUAAGAUCUAGUUCACACGAUACAUACAGUAGUACGAAAAUGCUAAGAGAAGUUAUUGAAAGAAAUCCAUCAUUGGAUAAAAUUUUUACUUCAUCAACUCCAAAUAGCUCAUCACCACCAAGUUCACCUAAUAGACGUUCAGGAGAUUUUAGUAGUAGCGUAAAUAAUAAUAGCAGCGGUACGACAAUAGUUAAUAAAAGUGGAGGUGAUGAUAAUGGUAGCCCUGUAUCAAUUUCACCACAUAAUCAGAGAAAAGAGUCACAAUCAGGAGUUAUAUUGACAACAGCUGGUGCCAAUGAAAGUAGCAAUGGUGGAAGUAUUGGCCAUAAUAGUAGUUCACCUAUUACAUCAUCCACAUUAAAAGAUAAUGCUACUAUUAAUAUUCACCAUCAUCACCAUCACCAUCAUCAUCAUUCAGAGGAGCAACAAUCUUACUAUAUUCAAAAAGAAUGUGAACCACAACCAAUUGAUCCAAAUGUUGACUCAAUAGCCUCUCUUAGUCCACCAUCACUUGUAUCAUCAACAUUUGGUAGAUCAAGCAACUCCUCAAAUCGUCAUCGUUCCUCCGAUGUUUCACCUAUUCUCCAACAUGACUUCUUUAAUCAACAAAAAAGAUCAUUAGCAAAUAAUAGUGAAGUUGCAAAUGCAUUAGAGAAACAAAUGUUUGAAAUAAUAGAUUCAAUUGAAAUUUUAAUGAACUCACCACCACCAACACAAAAUCAACAUCAAAACCAAUCACCACCAAUUAUCGAGUAUCCAGUUUCAUCAUCACCAAAUAGAGAAUCUAUUACAUUAAAUCACAAUUUAAAUGCAUCGACAUCAUCAUUUAGACCCAAGAGUACCACUCUCUCACUUUUAGGUUAUCUUAGCUCAAAUACUCUUCCAAAGGAUCCAUGGAAUUUAAUCGUUCAAAGAUUACUAGAACUAUGCUCAUCUCUUUUAUUUUUAAAUAAUAACAACAACACCAAUAGUAACAUUAGCGGUAUGAGCAACAAUAGUACCAUAAACAUUCAAAAUAUCUUCACUUCUUUAAGUCAACUCGAGUUGGCCAUUUCAAACUUUUCAGACAAAGAAAAAGAAAAGAAACGAAUUUCAAAUGUCAUUAAUGAUCAACGUUAUUUCUCCCCAAUCACAUUUGAACUCUAUCAUAAAAUCAUACCAAUGCACGAAUAUCUCAGAAAUAGAAAUUAUUCAAAUGCAAAAGAAAGGGAAAAUAUAGGUAUUGCAAAUAUUUUCGAUAUAGUAAUGCCAACUUUAUUUAGAUCUUUUAAUAAAUAUUUUGAUGAAGACCUCGAAAACAAAAAGAAAUCAUUUAAUAGAGCCAAAUUUAAUAUUUCUGAUUUUACCUCAAUUUCAUUAUUAACAACUUACCAAACAAAAAAAAUAACUCAUAAAACCUCAAUGUUUAAUUUAAUAGAAUUUGUCAGAGCUUUAUCACCAAUUUCAUAUAAAUGUAAUUCAUUCAGUACACUUUAUAAUGUUGUCGAUCAAUACCAUGGUAUGGCUGAUGAUAUCGACAAAAUUUUGUUCCAGUGUGAUGAGUUUAAAAAAGAAAUUAUAGAACAAACAAUACCUCCACAAUCAUUACAACACUCAAAAUCGAUUAGAAGUUCAUUUGGUGUACCUAAUGUCGACCAAGAAAUUUUAGAUAUGGUAAAACUUGAACUUUUCCAAAUGAAAGAAUCACCAAAUUCUCAAUCACCAACCAUACAACCUGUAAAAAAUUCAACCUCUUCCAACAAACCAAAUGAACCUUUUAAUAAUAGUAAUAACAAUAGUAAUAGUAAUAGCAAUAACUUAAAUGGUGCAUCCUCACCAAAGCUAUCUUCGCCAAGAAUUACAUCAUUACCAAUUACAUCUUCACCAAAACAAUCACCAAGAGAUCUAAAUAAUAAAUUGGAUGAUGAUUUGAAAUUUUUAGACUUCCUAGGCUCAAAUAAUAAUGCAAUUAAUAAAUCGGUUAAUAAUAGAUUCGAAACAAUUGACUUAUAUUUAAAUCCAAGUAUAAAGAGUGGAUCAGUUAUAUCAUUGGAAAAACAAAAGAAUGUUAUUUCGAGUAGUUAUAAGAGUUUGGAAAGUUCAUUAAAUAUUUUUUCUUCAAGCGAAAAAUUCUCAAAUAAAUUUAAAACAGAUUCCAUUCCUGUUAUUAAAUUAUUGUUGUUAACACUUUCAGGAUUACAAGAUUAUUUUGAAACUGGUAUUUCUAUUGAACAAAUGCCAUCAGUCGAGUUUUUAGAAUGGUUAACAAAUUAUACUAAAAUUACAACUUCAUUAAACAAUUUAAUCAUCAAAAAUUCAAAUAAUUUAAAUAAUAAUGGCAAUAAUUUAUCUAGCUCACAACAACAACUUCAAUCUCCACCAUUGUCAUCAUCUCAACAGUUGAAUAAUCAACAACCACAACCACAACCAUCUUCACAACAGCCACCACAACAGAAACCAACCAAUAUUAAUCUUACAAACUUGGCUCAAAGAUCAAAAAUUAGAGCAUUAUCAUCACCAUUUGGAUCUCCAAUUUUAUCACCAGUUGAUAGCAAUGGUGUUGGUUCUAUAGGUAAUAUUAAUAAUAGCAGCCACAGCCCACGAGGAGCAUCUAGUCUAAAUCCAAGCCAAAGUCCACGUAACUACUCUGGUUCAAGCCCUCGUCAAAGCCCUCGUUAUUCUCCACGUCAAAGCCCACGUUUCUUAAACAACAAUUCAACCAAUCCUGAUGAAGAGAUGAAUUUAAAUAAUAACGAUUGUAUAAUACUCCGUAGUAUUAAAGAAUUUAAACUACCAACCAUUGUGGAAAGAUGCCAAGCAAUCGUUGAAGCCUCUCAAGAAAGUGUAAUGAUUACUACAUUGGCCUCCUUUGCCUUAUGCUAUAAAGAACUAAAAGAAAUUUCAAAUUCUUUAAAUAAUUCAAAUAAUGAUGAAAAAUUAGAAUCAUUCAACGAACCAAUAGGUGUUUUCUUAAGCUCCAUCCGUACCACUAUAUUUUGUAUCUCCUCAAUUAUUUCUCCAGUUUAUUUAUUAUAAAAAAAUUUCAACUUUUUUUUUUUUUCAAUUUAUAAAUCAUUAAAAUAUUUUGUACAUUAAAAUAAAUUUUUUUAUCAAGUAUAAGAAAAUUAAUAAAAAUUAUAUUGUAACAUUACUAAAUAAUCUAUGUUUUCAACAUCAAAAAAUAUACUUGCAGAAAAUCUAUUCCCAAAAUAGCAAAAUAUAAAACUAUAAAAUAAUUGUAUUGUGUGGAGCGAAAAUCAGUUAUUGAUUGAUAUUUUUUAAAAUGGAUUAAUUUCAAAUAAUAAAAAUUUAAAAAAAAAAAAAAAAUAAAAUUUUUUUUUUAAAAUAAAUCAAAAAAAAAAAACACAUUUACAUUCACACACACCACACAAAUAAUAAACAAUACCAAAAUU